CACCAAAGAACGCGUCGUUUAAUCUCUCGCUCUCGCUCUCCCUCUCCCACUCCCUCAUAGAGACGCAUAUCUGAAUAAUCUCACAAAUUCUCCAACUUUGUCGGCUGCAGAUCUGGACGUUCCCAUAUUCUACUUCGAGUCACUCCUAAUAAUCAAAUCCUUUCUAUUCCAUUUUGGCUUGGAAUAUAUAUAUAUAUAUAUUAUAUUAUACCGUUUGGAAUUGGCUUGGCUACCUUUUAUGCUCGGAAUAGUAAAUACUAUUUACUAAUAAUAUGGAUUCCGAGCAACGGCGCAAGCGAAAGCGUUUAGGUAGGCCCUACACUCAGGCGCAGUUCUGUUCAGUGAGAUCCCUAGUCGUAUGCCUCUCCUUCUUUGUCUUCCUCCUAUUCUUGUCCUCCGACCGAUUCCCCGUCUCUCCGACGUCGUUUCGACCCACUCUCAGCUCCUCCCCGACCUUCACUCUCUUCUACUCCGCCGCUAGCAACUCCAUCCUUGAUUCUUUUGGUACCAGACGACAACGAGUUUCGAGAGUUGAAGAACGAAUCUUGUUCCCUGACCAUGUGCUUCUACUGGUGGCCGGUUCUAGAAUUCGCCAGCCUGCCCUGCUGGACUGCGUCUACUACAUCUCCUCCAAUGGUUCCGGGGAGUUGAAUGGCGAUGGGAAAGCUGGGUUCGUUGUUCGACCCACGUUGUCACCGGACGGCUACGACAAGUUCCGGUCGAUCGUGAGGUGUCCACUUCCUCCGGCGAAUUGCUCCGCCGCAGUGGAUUUGAGGAGGCGCGGAGACUCGGCGAACGAGUACUGGCCCUCCUCGCCGGUUAACCGGUUAGUACAUUUGUGGGACAAGGUGGUUUAUGAGGUUGCUCUGGAUGGGGAUACGGUGGUGGUGUUCGUUAAGGGGUUGAAUCUCAGGCCCCAUAGGAAAUCUGAUCCGUCCCAGUUCAGAUGCCGAUUCGGGUUGAAGAAGGGGGAUACAGACGAAGGGUAUGUGCUCACAACUCCGGCUAUGACGGCGGCCCAAGAGGUUGUUCGGUGUCCUUUGCCUAGGAGUGUACAAAUUAAUCCAGAAAAGGCUAAGGGGAUUCGUGUGACCAUUGGUCACGCCAGUAGGAAUAAGAAUUCUCCACACCAUUCUUUACCUUCGGCGGCUAGAAUUUACAGUUCCAAGUCCCGUGUACAGAUUAAGAAAAGAAGAAAUCAGUGGAAGAAGAAGAAGCAUGAGCUUUGUGUGUGUACAAUGGUGUGGAACCAAGCUCCGGCUCUGAGGGAGUGGAUUAUGUACCAUGCUUGGCUUGGAGUCGAGCGCUGGUUCAUCUACGACAACAAUAGUGAUGAUGGGAUUGAAGAAGUGGUUCAAGAGCUUGACCUUGAAGGAUACAAUGUGAGUAGGCAAAGCUGGCCGUGGAUUAAAACACAGGAAGCUGGAUUCUCACACUGUGCGCUGAAAGCAAGAGAAGAAUGCAACUGGGUCGGAUUUUUUGAUGUGGACGAGUUCUUCUACCUCCCUAACACGUUUCGUCACCCCCAGGGACCUGGUUUUCCAGGUCAGAAUUCGUUGGGAGAGCUUGUAGCCAACUUCUCGUCAUCCACGUCAAUUGCUGAGAUAAGAACAACUUGCCACAGCUUUGGACCAUCAGGGUUGAGCUCGCCCCCACAGAAAGGGGUGACUGUAGGGUACACUUGCCGGCUGCAAAGCCCUGAGAGACACAAAUCUGUUGUGCGCCCAGAAUUGCUGGACGUCACUCUUCUCAAUGUGGUGCACCACUUCCGGCUCAGGGAGGGGUAUAAGUACCUGAAUGUUCCUGAAAACAUUGCCCUGAUUAACCACUAUAAGUACCAGGUGUGGGGUAACUUUAGAGCCAAGUUCUACCGGAGGGUAGCUACUUAUGUUGUUGACUGGCAGGAGGACCAAAAUAAGGGAUCAAAGGAUAGAGCACCAGGCUUAGGCACCGCACCCAUUGAACCACCCAAUUGGAAGCGGCAAUUCUGUGAAGUUUGGGACACUGGAUUGAGAGACUUUGUUUUGGCGUACUUUGCUGACCCUGCAACAGGGUCAUUGCCUUGGGAGGAGAGGUCCUCCUCUUCUGUAACAAAUUCGAAGCAAGGGGUGCUUCCAGCUAGGUAGGCAGGCACCCAUGUAAACACAGAACAGUCAUACAAGCCUUUCUUUUAAAAAAAAAAAAUUGGUUCUUCUUGGAUCUCAAUUUUUUUAACAUAAAUAUAUAUAGGAAUUUAUGAACCAAUUACAGGAUUCUUAUACAGUUGUAAAUUUUUUGACGACAUGAAUUGAAUUAUUCUUCUCUUUGGUUCC